AUGAGAUAUGGUCGCAUUUAUCGAGGAGAUAAGGUGAUGCAUGCUCAAUAUUUUGGAGCUAUAGGUGCAAUAUUAUAUAAUGAUCCAGCUGAUUAUGCUCCAUUUGGAACAACAUCUGAUCAAGUUUAUGAUCAAAAGUGGUUUAUGCCUCCAAGUGGUACACAACGAGGAUCAUCCUAUACUUCGUUUGGUGAUCCUUUGACACCUAUAUAUCCAUCAACAGAUUAUAUGUACAGAGUGAGAGAAGAUAGUGUCAUCUUUCUACCUAAAAUCCCUGCUCAACCAAUUGGGUAUGGUGAAGCUCAGAUUAUUCUUCAGUAUAUGCAAGGUAAUGAAGUACCAGUCGAAUGGCGUGGAACUUUAUCAAACGUAAUAUAUCGUUAUGGUGGAGAACUUCGUGAAGCAUCUACGAUUGAAGUAAAAAUAUACAAUCGACUUGAAAGAAAAGACACAUAUAAUGUGAUUGGAAUAAUGAAAGGUGAAAUUGAACCAGAUCGAUAUAUUGCUCUUGGAAAUCAUCGUGAUUCUUGGGCAUUGGGUAGUGUAGAUCCAACAAGUGGAACAGCUACUCUUCUUGAAAUAACAAGAGUACUUGGUCAAAUGUAUAAAAAUGGAUUUCGACCACGACGAAGUUUAAUGUUUUGUUCAUGGGGUGCUGAAGAAUAUGGACUGGUUGGAUCAGUAGAAUAUGUUCAGGAAUAUGUUAAAGUACUUGGUGCUCGAAUGGUGUCUUACUUGAAUGUAGAUGUUGCAGUUGAAGGCAACCAUACAGUUAGUAUUUAUACUUCACCAAUGUUGUUUGAUGUUAUUAUCGAAGCAGCUAAAAUGGUUCCAAGUGCUUAUGAUCCUGUUGGACAAACUGUCUAUGAUAAAUGGAUGAAGGUUAAUCGAAAUAAUAGAACUAAUGAACCAAAUAUGAUAUAUGGUCUUGGGUCAGCCAGUGACUACUAUGCCUUUGAUCAGUUAGUUGGUUCAUCAAAUGUGGAUAUAACAUAUAGUUACAAUGUUGUUGAUCAUGGAAAUAUAAGUUCAUAUCCACUUUAUCAUACAUCCUAUGAAGUGUUUUCUAUGAUGAAAAAGUUUAUCGAUCCUCAUUUUACAGCUCACAAAACCAUAGGACAACUUUGGGGUGUUUUAACAUUACUUUUAUCAGAAACAUCUGUUUUACCAUUUAAUGUUACAAGAUAUACAACGGCACUCAUGCAAGCAAUGAAUAGUCUUAAACCAAAAGAUUCUGCUGUUCUUGAUCCACUUCGAAAUGCUAUCAAUGAUUUUGGUAAGGCUACUCAAGAUUUUGCUGCACGAUUGAAAUCAUUAGAUUUGGAAAAUCCAUACGAAAUUCGAGCAUACAAUGAUCAGUUGUUACAACUUGAACGUGCCUUUCUAAAUCCAUUAGGACAAGGUGGUGAUUAUACUGAUCUAAAACAUGUUGUCUAUGCACCAGCGAAAAUUAAU